UGUGCGGCACUGUUUCCACGCGGCGGACAUGGCAGAAGAAGGCUCCGGGGUGCCCCUCGUGGGCUCUCGCAUUAGCCUCAUCUCCAAGAAGAACAUUCGCUACGAGGGAACUUUGUACAACAUCAACACCAGCGAUGCUUCUCUGGCACUCCAAAAUGGCAAUGCGAAGCUUCGGGACCGAGGGGAGAGUAGAGGAACACGUCAUUCCUCCAAGUCAAGUCCUUCAUGAUUUCGUGUGCUUCCGGGGUCAGGACAUAAUGGAUCUCCACGUGCACGACGCAGAGGCCGAUGAGGGAAGCCAGGAGGCGCCACCGCCACCGUCGCCACCACCGCCGCCCACUGCUCCUGUUCGAUUCGCCCAACCACCUCAGCCGACUGGUCCUCCGCCUCCAGGUGGCCCUCCACCCCUCCUCAGCCCCGCCGUUGUAUCGCAUCAGCAGCAGCCGUACCAGCCGCAGCCCCACCAGCCUCCGCCACAGCCGCAGCGGCAGCCGCCGCCACCGCCGCCACCGCAGCAGCAGCAGCAGCCGAUACCACCACCGCCGCAGCCGCCGCAGCAGCAGCAGCAGCAGCCCCCGCCCCCCCCACCACAACAGCACGCGCGAGCUCUACAAGUCAACAACGCUCAGCAGCAACAAAAGCAGCAGCCGAGAGCACUCACGAGCGCAACGUCCGGAUCGCAAAGGUGUUGUUCUCCUCAAUUCGCCAUUUCGGUUUAUCCAAGAAUAUAUGUUUCAUGCGAUACUUCAAACGCUGUCGAUUUUGUUUCGUUUUACAGAACGAGAGAUGUGUAGUCUAGCAUGUCACCGAGAUACGAGCUAGUAUUUCAAGUCCUGCUCGCCGAUGGUGUUCUCAGCGGUAGUCACUCACACUGGAAUGUCUCGCCGUCCCUUACACCGUGGCGCCUUAGGGUUAGGUGGUGGCUUUGGUGAAGAGAAGAUUUUCAUAAAUAUUGACCUUGUGUAUGAGGUUCUCCUUGCCUUGACAGGGCUACGAAUGGGCCUCAGGAUGGGCGUCCUGCUCGGCAGCAGGCUACGCAAGCUGGCCAGAGGCAGCCAGCCCCUUCGGCAAGACCGGCGCCUGUAGCGCGUGGAGCACAGCAACGGAGGGCCGCGCCCGCCUCGUCGUCGCCCCGUGUAGCACAAGCAGCUGGGCAGGCUGCUCAACAAAACCAACGUAGGGCCCCGACGGGACAAAGGCAGCCCCCUCGGUCACAGCAACACCAGCACCCCUCGCAGCCAACGGGAGCACCGCGGGGCCGGGGGAACGGCACACCUAGAUCUCGUCAGCCAAUUAAUGGGGGUGGUGCGGGUAGGGGAGCAGCUGGUGGCACUAGCGCCACCUCAGCCCCCGCUCGGACGCCUGGGGCGAUGGUGGGCACUGGAGAAGCCCUGCUCAAUAUCCGAGCCAGAGGUGGACCGGCGACGGACGGGAAGGGGGCGGCAAGCGUUCCCACCGCGCAGGAGUUUGACUUCCAAAGCGAGCUCCAGAAGUUUGACAAGGAAAAAGAGCUGGCUAAGGAAAUGGGGGGAUUGAGCAUGGAGGCGUCCAACUCCACGGCGUCAUCGGGAGGUACUGGAGGGGCCACGGACGGCGUGAAAAAGUACAACAAGUCUUCGUUCUUCGAUGAGAUUUCGUGCGACGUGUUGGACCGUGCCGCAGGGCGUCAGCCGCGUGUAACGCGCGCGGCAGAGAUGGACAUGAACAUGGACACAUUUGGGACAACGGGCUUACAACACGCCCGACGCCGAGGCGGACGAGGUCACAACCGGAACAAACUUGGAGGAGGUGGGACCGGCGGUGGGGGCCAAGGCACCCGCGGCGGAGUAGGAGCAGGGGGCACCGGGGCCGGGGUCGGGGCCGGUACCGCUAACAGUGGGCGGGGAGGCGGUGGCGGUGGUCGUGGAGGAGCUGCUCGGGGUUCUGGAGGUGGUGGCCGUGCUAGAGGCGGAGGUGGUGGCCGUGGUAACGCAAGGGGUGGGUAUACUGCCGGUGGCAGAGGCGGGGCGGGACAGGCGCGACCAAAGCCAAAGGGCGGGAGAGGACGGGGUGGCAACGCCCCCCAAGGUCAGCAGCCCACGCCAGGACCCACCUCGGCCCCUCAGGUCCAAGCGGUAUAGUGAGGUGGCCCCUCGGGCCCAACCUCUGCCCCCCCCCCUACCCCCCCGCGUCUCUCUCAGCUAUUUGCUACGAUUUGUUCAUCGGGAAGGAGAGGCGAGAACGAGCGUCCACGUGCGGAAGCGGAGGUGGAGGGAGCGUCCUGCUUGGGAGGAUGCCACUGUUGCGGGACCCUUUUUCGUUGAAAGCGACCCCGCGCAGUUGCAUGAAAUUUCGGUCAAGAGAAAGUGCGGCCACGCAGUUUGUGGCAAAGCCAUAUUCGCUGCGUACAACGAAGGAAGCCCGUCUAGUUAUUGUCACUGUACGGAUUUGGAGCACGUGAUAGUGGCUUUGUAGAUUUUCUCUACCGUAGGAUCUCAAGGAUCGGAUGGCCUCAAACAACGUUAGUUUUAGUGGAUGGUCGACGUUUGUCGUUCAGAAUGGAAGCUUGAGUCAUGUAGAGCAUGUGUGUGCGUAUGGUGACAAAAACAAGCGAUAAUAGCUACACGGACUCUUAGGUGUUCACGGUUCGAGUAUAACACGGUUUCAUGCUCAUUUUGUGAAAUGGACUUGUUCUUUGUGUUCUUAUUUGGAAGAUGAAGUGUAAUGGACUACCAACACGUGGCUCUCACGGAGCACCUGUUGCUGUUGGGGCUGGCUGUGUACCGACGAUUUGAUGUUCCAAGUCCUAAGUUGUACCUGCCCGCAGUAUGCCCUUGAGGUUCCCAAUCUGAAUGCAUAUGGAUAGGUGCAACGUCCUCCGGAUAUGUGGUAUGAGUUGACCCCAAGGCUCGUAAACUCUGUCAUCCAAGCGCCCUUAGUGUUC